AUGUCAAUCUUUCUGCCAAGUUCUAUGCUUUUCUUCACCAUCUUUCCACUCUUAAUCUCUCUUUUCUUCAUUAUCAAAUGGUAUUCCAACAAUUCUGCCACCAAAAAGAACUUGCCACCUUCACCUCCAAGAUUUCCACUAGUUGGUAAUCUCCAUCAACUUGGAUUAUUCCCUCAUCGCACACUCCAAACUUUAGCUCAUAAAUAUGGACCUUUAAUGCUUAUAUAUUUCGGGAAGGUGCCAGUAGUUGUAGUUUCCUCUGCUGAUGCAGCAAGUAAAGUAAUGAAAACUCAUGACUUGGUUUUCUGUGACAGGCCACAGCGUAAAAUCUAUGAUAUCAUGUUUUAUGGUUCCAAAGACGUGGCAAGUUGUGCAUAUGGUGAGUAUUGGAGACAAGUAAGGAGUCUCUGUGUGUUACAUCUUUUGAGUAACAAAAGAGUUCAAUCUUAUCGCCGUGUUAGAGAGGAAGAAACUGUGAAAAUGAUGAAACUUAUUCAAGAGGGGAGUUCUCGUGUGAAUUUAUCUGAGUUGUGUUCUACAGUUACUAAUGAUAUAACAUAUAGAGUGACUCUAGGAAAAAAAUAUGGUGAAUUUAUCCGCAAGUAA